AUGGCGGUGGCUCUGGAUGAAGUGUGGGGGCGGGUGAAGAACGUCUGCAAGCAGAACGGGCUGCUCAUCCUGUCGGUGCUGGCCGUGGUCAUCGGCUGCCUGCUGGGCUUCUUCCUCAGAGGCAAGCAGCUCUCCGAGCAGGAGGUGAAGUAUUUCCAGUUUCCCGGAGAGCUGCUGAUGAGGAUGCUGAAAAUGCUGAUCCUGCCGCUCGUCGUCUCCAGUCUCAUGUCUGGCCUCGCCGCUCUGGACGCCAAGUGCUCCAGCCGCCUGGGCAUCAUGACCAUCUCCUACUACCUGUGGACCACCUUCGUGGCGGUGGUGGUGGGCAUCGUCAUGGUGUACAUCAUCCACCCGGGCGGCGCCGCUCAGAAGGAGGACUCCGACGAGAGCAAGAAGCCCAUGACCAGCUCGGCGGACGCCCUGCUGGACCUCAUCCGCAACAUGUUUCCAGCCAACCUGGUUCAAGCUACUUUCCAGCAGUAUCGGACCCAGAGAGUGGCUGAGCUCAUCCCCAAACCGACGGUGGCCCAGCUGCUGGACGAGACCACCACCCGGAGGGUCUACAUCUACGGCAUCCAGGACGACAACGGCACCGACGUCCAGAACUUCUCCCUGGACCUCACCCCGCCUCCGGACGUCAUCGUGAAGACGUCGCCCGGCACCAGCGAAGGCAUGAACGUGCUGGGGAUUGUGAUCUUCUCUGCGACCAUGGGAAUCAUGCUGGGGAGAAUGGGACCCAAUGGAAGCGCCUUGGUCAACUUCUGUCAGAGCCUGAAUGAGGCCGUUCUGAAGAUUGUGGCCAUUGUUAUCUGGUAUUUUCCCUUUGGCAUUGUGUUCCUGGUUGCCGGAAAGAUCUUGGAAAUGGACGAUCCGUCCGCUAUGGGGAAGAAGCUGGGCUUCUAUGCCAUCACGGUGGUAAUGGGCCUGGUGCUGCACGGAUUGUUCAUUCUGCCUGCCAUGUACUUCUUCAUCACCAAGAAGAGCCCCAUCGUUUACAUCAGAGGCAUUCUUCAGGCCCUGCUCAUCUCCUUGGCCACAUCUUCAAGCUCCGCCACUCUGCCUAUCACCUUCAAGUGCCUCCUGGAGAACAACCACAUCGACAGACGCAUCAUCCGCUUCGUCCUGCCGGUCGGCGCCACCAUCAACAUGGACGGCACGGCGCUGUACGAGGCCGUCGCCGCCAUCUUCAUCGCUCAAGUCAACAACUAUGAGCUCGACUUUGGGCAGAUUAUCACCAUCAGCAUCACCGCCACGGCCGCCAGCAUCGGCGCGGCCGGGAUCCCGCAGGCCGGACUGGUUACCAUGGUGAUCGUCCUGACCUCCGUGGGCCUGCCCACCGACGACAUCACGCUCAUCAUCGCCGUCGACUGGGCUCUGGAUCGAUUCAGGACCAUGGUCAACGUGAUGGGAGACGCCUUGGCCACAGGCAUCAUGGCUCACAUCUGCAGAAAGGACUUUGUCAAAGAAGGAGAACAGGUGCCUCUGAUCUGUGAAACUAAACCCAUGAUCAGCAUCCAGCAGAUGAUGACCUAUCAGAACCAGAAAAACGGCGGCUACCAGCCGCCGCCGCCCGGCAGCAAGCAGGACCACCUGUCCCCGGACGUGGCCCGCCUCAUCCAGCUGGAGGAGGGGAUCCGGCCAAUAGAGAAGAAGAAGCACGGCCACGCCUCCUCUCACCACAAGAGAGAGCACAGGGACAAAGACCACUGCUCCAUCGACAUGAACGGCCUGGAGACUAACGUAUAAAGCCGAACGCUUCGCCCAGACUUGACUGGAACGUUGCCGGCUGAGGUCA